UUUGUUUUUGUUAUCUUGAUCUGUGGUUGAGUUCGAGUGCAAACAAGCAAUUAAUUUAGUACUUUUAGAUAAAAACUUGUAGAAAACUGGUGUCAACUGAUAACAUAAUCACACCUUAGUCGCUGCCAUAACCGCAUGUAAUAUUAGUUAUCUCCCAAAAUUCGAAAAUACUUUAAGAGGAUACGUGACUUAACUCUUUGUAAAAAUGGCAGAAAACAAUCCUUACAACAAGUAUUUAAAAACUCUGACUGUGGGGAGCAAGGAAUAUAUUUACUACGAUUUAUCCUCGUUAGGAGAACAAUACAAUCGUUUGCCAUAUUCUAUAAGAAUACUGCUCGAAUCUGUAGUGAGGAAUUGCGACAAUUUUUCAGUAAAAGAUCAGGACGUACAGAAUGUCCUUAAUUGGGAGACAAAUCAAGAUAGUCAAGAUGGUGUUGAAAUUCCAUUUAAACCAGCCAGAGUUAUUUUACAGGAUUUUACUGGUGUACCUGCUGUAGUUGAUUUUGCAGCUAUGAGGGAUGCUGUAAAAGAUUUAGGUGGAAAUCCAGAAAAAAUCAAUCCCAUUUGCCCUGCCGAUCUUGUUAUUGAUCAUUCUGUUCAAGUUGACUUUGCAAGAUCGUCUGACGCCUUACAGAAAAACCAAGACCUGGAAUUUGAAAGAAAUUUUGAGAGAUUUAUGUUUUUGAAGUGGGGUGCCAAAGCCUUUAACAACAUGUUGAUUGUACCACCAGGAAGUGGUAUUGUCCAUCAAGUUAACUUGGAAUAUUUAGCAAGAGUGGUAUUCACUGGAACUAGAAAACCUAUUUUGUAUCCUGACACAGUGGUUGGAACUGAUUCUCAUACUACAAUGAUAAAUGGUCUAGGGGUUUUGGGAUGGGGAGUUGGAGGAAUUGAAGCUGAAGCUGUUAUGCUUGGUCAAGCAAUUACCAUGUUGUUACCUCAAGUUGUUGGAUACAAACUCUAUGGCACUUUGGGGCAAUAUGUUACAUCAACCGACUUAGUACUAACUAUCACUAAGCAUUUGAGACAAAUUGGAGUAGUUGGAAAAUUUGUUGAAUUUUAUGGAUCUGGAGUAUCUGCCUUGUCAAUUGCAGAUCGUGCAACAAUUUCCAAUAUGUGUCCUGAAUAUGGAGCGACAGUUGGAUUUUUCCCUGCUGAUGAGACUUCCUUAUCAUAUUUGAGACAAACAAAUCGAUCAGAAGAACAAGUCAAAUUGAUUGAAGGCUACUUGUUAGCUACAAAACAAAUGAGAAACUAUGCAUCUGAAGAGAAUCCCAUUUUUAGUCAAACAUUUGGCCUUGAUCUGUCUACAGUUGUGUCAUCUGUUAGCGGACCUAAGAGACCCAAUGACAGGGUUUCUGUAUCAGAUAUGAAAAAUGAUUUCAUUAGCUGUUUGACCAACAAAAUUGGGUUUAAAGGAUUUGGCUUGACCAAAGAAAAGGUUGAAACUAGAGCUAAGUUUAUGUUUGAUGGAAAACCUUACACUAUAGGACAUGGUAGUGUUAUUAUUGCCGCUAUAACAUCAUGUACCAAUACAAGUAAUCCCAGUGUUAUGCUAGGAGCUGGUUUGCUAGCAAAAAAAGCUGUUGAGGCUGGUCUAACAGUGGAACCUUACAUUAAAACUAGUUUAUCACCGGGUUCCGGUGUGGUCACUUAUUAUCUUCGUGAAUCUGGGGUCAUACCAGCCUUGGAACAGCUCGGAUUUGGUGUGGUUGGAUAUGGAUGCAUGACAUGCAUAGGAAACUCUGGAGGAAUUGAUGAAAACAUUGCCAAUGCCAUCGAACAAAAUGAUUUAGUAUGUUGUGGAGUUCUUUCGGGCAACAGAAACUUUGAAGGCAGAGUACAUCCCAACACCAGAGCGAAUUAUUUGGCUAGUCCACUCCUAGUUAUAGCGUAUGCUAUUGCCGGUAGAGUUGAUAUUGACUUUGAGACUGAACCUUUGGGUACAAAGGCUGAUGGCACCAAAAUUUUUUUGCGCGAUAUUUGGCCUACUAGACGUGAAAUUCAGACCGUUGAACAACAACAUGUCAUUCCCGCAAUGUUUAAAGAGGUGUAUGCCAAAAUUGAAAAUGGAUCAAGCCAGUGGCAAAAAAUGAAAGCUCCAGAUGGUAAACUAUAUCCCUGGUCCAACGAAUCUACCUACAUAAAAAAACCUCCUUUCUUUGAUGGAAUGACCAGGGACCUUCCAUCACCAAAGCCAAUACAAAAUGCAAGGGUGCUAUUAUUCUUAGGAGAUUCAGUAACCACUGACCAUAUUAGUCCUGCUGGGUCCAUAGGCAGAAGUAGUCCUGCCGCCAGAUUUUUGGCUUCAAAAGGUUUGACACCAAAGGAGUUUAAUUCAUAUGGAUCCAGAAGAGGUAAUGACGCCAUUAUGGCCAGGGGCACUUUUGCUAAUAUCCGUUUGGUGAACAAGUUCAUGAGCAAAUCUGGUCCCACAACUUUGUAUUUACCAAACAAUGAAGAGAUGGAUAUUUUUGAUUGUGCCCAAAGAUAUGCAAUCAGCAAUGUUCCUUUAAUCAUUAUUGCUGGUAAAGAUUACGGAACAGGAUCGAGCAGGGAUUGGGCUGCUAAAGGUCCAUUUUUGCUUGGUGUCCGAGCUGUUAUAGCGGAAUCUUUUGAAAGGAUACAUCGUUCAAAUCUGGUUGGAAUGGGAUUGAUUCCUUUGCAAUUUCUUCCAGGUGAAAACGCCGACACUUUAGGUCUCACAGGCAAAGAGGUUUACAAUAUUGAACUUCCCGAAAAUUUGAAACCCCUGGACCGCAUUACAGUCUCAACAGACACUGGGAAAAAAUUCAAAGUUUUACUUAGAUUCGAAACUGAGGUUGAUUUAUUAUUUUACCGGCACGGAGGCAUCCUUAAUUACAUGGUUAGAAAAAUGUUAAGUUAAAAGAAAAUGUUUGUAUAGUGGAUAGGAAAACCGGCACAGGGAUGAGUUUAUUUUUUAAACAUCUUUUUUGAAGUCCUUUGCUCUGUUUUAAAUAUAUAUAAGGUAUAAAGUACAAUUUAUCCUACUGGUUAUUGACAUUCUCUUUGGAGUCACUACUUUUUUUAAUAUUUACUUUGUCUGCCUACAUAUCUGUAGAAUUUUUGUUUUAAAAAUUGAAGUAUAUACUUUGUUUCAAAUAUUAUACCACGUAAAGGUUAAUAAAAAAUGCUUAUUAAUUUUAGUGCCUGUAAGGAUAUGAUUGCAAGAAUCUGUUAAAUAUUUUAAGAAAAUAAUUUCUCCAAAUUAAAAAUCCAAUCAGAGUUGACAUUUUCUCAAUAAGGUGCCAUUUAUGGUGUUUCAAUUUUCUUUCUUUAAUUAAAUAGAAUUUCAAAAUUCCUUAAUUCUAGUAAUUUUGUCACACAGUAAUAAUUUCUUGCUUUUCUUUUGGCGCAAAAACUUUUGCACAUGGAAGCAUAUUUUUGGUUUGCUUCCAACUUUUAAGUAUCUUAUUUUAUCAAUUUUUAUUAGGCGAUUAUACCAAAGUUCUAUUAUAUUUCACAUAUUUGAUAUGAAAUAUUUGUAAAAUAAAAAUUUUAACAAAAAUAUAUUAGUUGAA